AUGUUGUCUUAAAUAAUCAAGAGACGAUUACUUCAAAACACUUAAGUCAUUGUUUACAACUAAUCACUCUUCUUCUCUUAGCAUAUAGUUUAGCCAACCAUGAAACUUGAGGAUAUGACUAUGACCUAGAUCAGAGAACUCGGCCACAAGAACUUGGCUCAACAAAAAAUCAUAGAUUACUAGAGGUUUAUUAAUCCUAAUGUGCAUGGGAUCACUAACAAGAAAACGUCAUUUACUUCCUUCGAGGACCAAGUUAAUGCCAAUUUCAAUAAGAAUUUAAUCAAAACUGCUCCAGCAAACAGAGAAUCAAGAAGAGUGGGGCUAAUUGGAUAUAAAAUGGGUAUGACUCAUUUUUGGAAUAAAUGGGGAGCUUUAGUUCCUUGCACUGUGAUUCAAAUCGACAGAUGUCAGGUAACACAGGUCAAGACACUCGAAAAAGAUGGUGUGAAUGCAAUUUAAGUAGGAUGUGGAGAAGAGAGAAUGAAGAAUCUCAAAAAACCAUAAGCUGGUCAUUACCUAAAACACAAUCUCCCGCCAAAGGGAGAUCUUGCUGAGUUCCCAGUCACCGAUGAGAACUUCUUGCCUCCAGGUUACAUGCUUGGACCUAGACACUUUAAAAUUGGCUAGCUUGUUGAUGUUAAAUCAGUCUCAAUAGGUAAAGGUUUCCAAGGAGUCAUGAAGAGAUGGAACUUCUCAGGUUAAAAUGCUAGUCAUGGUAACUCAGUCUCACAUAGACACGCAGGUUCCAUUGGUAACAGAGAAUAUCCAGGUAAGGUCUUUAAGGGUAAAAAGAUGGCAGGCCACUUGGGAAAUAUAAAUUGUACUAUUUAGAAUCAAAUGGUAGUGAAGAUCGAUGUUGAUAGAAGUUUACUUUACAUCUAAGGAAACGUCCCAGGUCCUAUCUCAGCUCUAGUAAGAAUCAGAGAUGCCGUUAAAAUGGUUGAUAAGUAAUAUCUAAAUUUGGAAUACCCAACAUGGCUGCCACCUACAAACGAAGCAGAAUACAAGGCACUUCCAAGACAACUUGUUUGGGACGGUACAGUUAUUGAUCCUUAUGAAGAUUAUAUUCACGAAAACGAUGUUGUCAGUGGUAAAGAUCAAGAAGACGAUUGA